UCUGUUAACCCUUUCAGCACAUGUGACCAACAGUAUCCCACAAUCCCCUGCACAGAGCCGGAGACAUCAUGUGACAGAUGGUUUCUACAACAUGAACCUGCUUCACCAGGCUGUGUUCUCUUUAUUAACCAUCAGCGGUUAACUUCCUGUUUCCUCAUAAAAUCUGACCAUAGAGGAAAUAAACUGAAAGCAGACAAACGUCACAGCUGAUCAUUCUGUUCCUUUAGCAGUCCAACUUAUAAUUAUAUUUACUUAUUCACAUAUUUACAUAUUCACAAAUCUACAUAUUUACAGUAACCGGACAUGUAGCUGUUAAAAAUCAUAUUAUAACUCUUAAGUUCUUAUUUGACGUCUGAACGUGUUGACUCGUUCUCACUUUAGUUUUAAUGUUUUGUUGUUUUGUUGUUUUUCUCUCCUGAUUGUUUCAAAGGAACUCUGGGAGUUGUGGUCAGAUGAGCCUUACUCGAGACAGGAGUCCCAGCAGGACAUUGUCCUUGGCGGCGAUAUGCCCAUCAGCUCGAUCCAAGCCACCAUCGCCAAGCUGAGCAUCCGGCCGCCCAGCGCCACAGACCCCACCAUGGAGGAGCAGGCGGGCACCGUCUUUCCCAACCUGGACUCUCUGGGUGACGUCCAGCAGCUGCAGGACCCCUCUCCCCCCGCAGACCCCGCCUCGUCUUUCAGCCCACCCCUCAGCUCCCCUGCCCACUCUCCACCCCCACCACCACCCAACGGUGUGGACACUACCUCCCCCUCAACGCCACCGGCCUCCAACCACCAGCCGGUCCUGGAGGCUGCGCCCAGCGUCAGCCCGCCUCCUGCCUCUUCUGCUCCGGCGCCUUCGUCCCUGGAGCUGCUGGCCUCUCUGGCGCCUGAGGCCUUCUCCAUGGAGGGAGGUGGCAAAGGGAAGCAGCGUGUGACCAAGCAGAGCUUCCUGCAGCCGGCAGAGGGUCAGGGUCUCCAUGGGACUCGAGCGGAGGAAGGGGACGACCCACUCAGCAGCCUAGACCCACUCUGGAGCCUCAGCAAGCGCUGAGACAAGUCGCCGACUUCACCGCCAGGUGCCAGCGAAGGCCUGUUGCUGUAAUGUGAGUCACAUGUUAGCGGUGAUGAUGUCACGAUAUGCCUGGUGACGGACGGUAGGCUGACGUUUGAUCUUCUUCUGGGACCAGAACACUAUGCACUGUCGCUCUGCUGCUUCUCUGUCUGCACUCCCACCUGGAUUCCCAGCAUGCACUGCUCUCCCACAGGGUGUCUGAUGGACAGCUGUAACUCAAUCAGUUGUCAUGGUAACAUGGAGCAGCACGUCCUCAUUUCUGUUUCUGCAUCUCUGUAAAUAACUGAAAUAAUCCACGUGUCACUAAUCAGCCGCCAUUAUUGUACAAAUCUGAAUAAAUCCACAGAUGGACGACAA